AUGUGGGCACUUCGCAUUGUUGUCUUGGGCUGUUUGUUGGGCACUGUGCAGUGCAAGGAGAUCCGAGUGUUUCUCCGCGAAAACAUCACGUUGGCCUGUCCGAAUGGUGAGUUAUUUUGUGCGAAAAAUCCGAGGUGUUUUGUUUUCUGUCUACCGUUUUUUCGAAUAUUUAUUCUUUUUUCAUGGUUUGUCUCUUAUCGUUCGAGAUUUGUAAAGAUCGUCUGUUUGACUUUCUUCAGGUUUUAGUUGCAGUUUAGAAAAUGGGGUUUUUUUGUGUCCCACGCUCUUUUGUAAAAAAACACAACAGCCAAAAAAUGAUGGUCUUUUGAACGUUACAAAAAUAUGGGACGAAAAGGUGAAAUUCAGUACUAGUCGGGACAAAAAGUCCUGAUAAUUUUGCACCGUGCGGAUUUGAACGUUUUGGGUUGUCGCUGCGAAAAUCGCGAAAAAAAGUGUUUUGCACGGUGCAUUUGACCCGAAAAGUGCAUUUGCACAGUGCAUUUCGUUUGUUUUUGCCUUAUUGUCGCGCGCGAUUCCCAUUUUUCGAAGCGACAAAUCGUUUUUUUAGAGUGCGACAGAAACCGCGCAAAAUCCGCACAGUGCAAAAUUAUCAGGACUUUUUGUCCCGACUAGUAGAAUAAUACCUCUCCACUAGCCGCCGCAAAGCGAUGAUUCCAAGGCGGGACGAAACCGUCACUUUUUUUCCGACAGACUGGUAUAUCAGUCUGUCGGGAAAAUAAUGGCGGGUCGUCGCAGCAAAAUCCCUCGCCUCGCCGCUAUCGCGCACCAAAUCCCAAGCCGCGGCUUGCAGUCGCAAAGCGAUAAUGUGCGACUCCAAGGCGCGACGAUCCGCCGUUAUUUUCCCGACAGACUGAUACCUUCGGUCAGAUACGCUAAGUCUGUCGGGAAAAAAAUAACUCAGUCUCGUUGCCCCAAUCGCAUCGCUGAAGUGAAAAGCAACUUGAUUUUGCAGCGACAAAAUUCAUUUUCUUUUCGCGGCGGCGACACGAUUUUAGAUGUGGCCGAGUACUCACUAUUUUCCCGACAGAAUGAGAGAAUAAUAGCAUUUUUGACCAAGCUUUACCAAGCAGUUGCCUUAAUUUUUCUCCAAUUUGAAUCAAAAUCAGGCUAUCGCGGCGAUUGCCCUUCCAAAGUUUUUGCUCCCUUUUGCUUUCUCUCUCUUCCCCAAACGGACUGCUCGAAUUCUCGGACCACCCGCACAUUUUUAGUUGCGCCACCGGGUUUUAUCGAGUGAAAAUUGAAGACGAGUCUCUCGUUUAUAUCGGCGGCAAUGCGGGAGGCCCGCAAAAGAGCGGAAUCGUUGAUAAAAAAGAGGUGAUAAAGGGAAAGGAGGGGCUAAAGGUGAAUUAAGAAAGACGUGCCUAAAGUUCGAAACCCAGAUCUUCUAUUAAUUUCCACCCCCUUUGGCCAUAGGCCAAGCCAGAAUGUGAGAAAAAAUUUGAAUUUUUUGAGGGUAACCAUGAAUUUCAAGGACUCGCAAAAAUCGUUCAAUAUCUCGACUGCACGUGCAAAGCAAAAGCUAAAAUUUACGUACAUUGUUGUACAGCCUACUCAGAGUAUGUAUGCAAAAUUGCUAAAAAAUCCAUUAACCGCUUCUUCCACAAUUCCCAAAUUUUCAGUUCCCUCCAACCUCAUCCGCAAGGAUAAUAUAAAAUUCGAUUUUGUCGAGCUCCCAGCCCCGCAAUCGUUCACUCACGACACUCUUCACAUCACCGACCGCUCCAACAAACAGACCCAGCUGCGGUUUCCGGGAUGCUAUCGGGUGAAAAUGUCGUUCGAGCUGACCAAACCGCUGAAAGACCCGUACAUCGAGACGUUCAUGCAGAUGGGCUCGGCCUCAUUGCCGUGUCACAAGGUCAGCGAAAUGAAGAGCGACAUCAUUGGGAAUGUUUGUACGAACAUUACGAACGCGGUGGAUUGGUGUCCCAGCUCCAGCAAUCAGCGAUUGAGGAAUAUGAAUCGGGGAAAGGAUGUUUGGUAAGGAAGUUUCUUAUCAUAUUUUUAAAAUUUCUCAAAGUCAUCAUUUUUUGAUGCCUACAAGUUAUAUUACCUUGUCGGGAAAAUACUAUCAGUCUGUCGGGAAAAUAAUGUGGAUUCGUCGCAGUCGCGGAUCAAAUCUCCAGCCGCGACUAGCAGUCGCAAAACGAUGAAAUUUCAAAGCGCGGCAGAGCCACAUUAUUUUCCCGACAGACUAAUACUAGUAUUUUCAUAAAGUGCAUGGACAUUUCUUCCCUUUCGCACAAAAUUGAGGUUUUUUGCACGGUGCAGAAAAGGCGAAAAAUGCACUGUGCAAUACCAUAUGCACCGCACCGUGCAAAAACCCUCAUUUUGCACCGUGCCUUUGACCUUUUGCACUGUGCAUUCAAAAUAUCGCGCGACAAAGGCCGUUUUGAAGAUUGUCGCGGCGACUGGUUGCAGGCGAGCUUUCCCCUUUUCCAAACACUUCUCCAGAACACCCGCACUCGCUGAUGAAUUCGCACUGUGCAAACGGCCUUUUUGUGGUUUGCACUGUGCGUUAGCGACAAGCGUGGGAAAAUGUUCAAAAUGCACUGUGCGUUGGCGACAAGCAUGAGAAAAAAGUUCGAAAUGCACUGUGCGUUGGCGACAAGCGUGGGAAAAAAGUUCAAGUAUAAAAAUAUGGAGUCAUUUGGUGAAAUGUAAACAAAUUCCAAAAAAAAUUUUAAAAAUUCAAAAAAAAACGCAAUUUUUUUUAUUUUCUUUUUUCAGUCGCUUCUGUAAUCUCUGCAAACAAGCCUCCGAACUGAAGCAAGAUCGUUCCGCCUCUCUCUCCAAAUACGUCAAUCCCGAGGGCCGCACGGCCGAAUGCUCGACGGAGAAUCAGCGGCAGACGUUGCAGUUCAAGAUCUGCACGCCCGACCGCAAAAGCAUGCACGAGGCGAACGAGGAGGGCGACCGAGAGCUGGAGAAAUAUUGGGACUACCUGAAGCAAGGGGUCUUUACGAUUGUGGUCCAUGUGACGGACCGGGCGCAGCCUACGCCACGAGUGCUGCAAAAAUGCGGGAAAAUGUGCGACACAGCCGAGAAUGGGGGUUCCUCCACGUCCUAUAGAAAUACCCUUCAAAAAACGAUUGGCCAAUUGUGCGCGCCUCGGGAUGAGUACGCCGCGUGUUUGUAUCAUACGAUGAAGUUUGAUGUCAUGGAGUGA